AUGAAUAACCAGUACAAAAUUAGUGCAGUAACAAAUAUAAUAAAUAUGGGUCAAUAUGGGCCCAGGUCAGCUUGGGCCCUUGUCCCCCCUGCUUGGGGCGAGGACCCGGCUGGGGGCCAGGGCCCUGCCGGGGACGAGGGUCCGGCAGGGGGCCAGGGCCCUGCCGGGGACGAGGGUCCGGCUGGGGGCCAGGGCCCUGCCGGGGACGAGGGUCCGGCUGGGGGCCAGGGUCCGGCCGGGGACGAGGGUCCGGCCGGGGGCCAGGGCCCGGCCGGGGACGAGGGUCCGGCUGGGGGCCAGGGCCCUGCCGGGGACGAGGGUCCGGCUGGGGGCCAGGGUCCGGCCGGGGACGAGGGUCCGGCCGGGGGCCAGGGCCCGGCCGGGGACGAGGGUCCGGCUGGGGGCCAGGGCCCGGCCGGGGACGAGGGUCCGGCCGGGGGCCAGGGCCCGGCCGGGGACGAGGGUUCGGCAAAGGGCCAGGGCCCGGCCGGGGACGAGGGUCCGGCUAGGGACCAGGGGCCGGGGACGAGGGUCCGGCUGGGGACCAGGGGCCGGGGACGAGGGUCCGGCCGGGGGCGAGAAUCCAGAGAAUAA